AUGCAGUCUCUGUGGAACAGGGCCAGUCAGGCUCACCGCUGUGGCUGCCGCGCGUGCAGCACGGCGGUGAAUGCUAUGGGCAGAAGAACAACUACAGCAGCCGGUCGCCGCAAGGUAACUUUUGCUGAAAUCUUUACAGCAUGCUACAGCUCCAUGUUUGCAUCUGCCGCCAUUAUCGAUUCAAUGAGAAAGGACGAGAGACGAAAAGAGUUGGACAAGCAGUUGGAGGAGGCGAAGCAAGAGCUUGCUGCACUAAAGGAGCAGGGCAAAUUGCUCCCCUCGCUCGAUGGCACCAACCCCGACGGACUCACCCCUAAGCAGAUGGAUAUACUGUGGAAGGCCAUGAAGAAAAUAUACAACGAGCGCCCUUACAGAAAAAACAUUCGCUACCCGGCGGCUGUAACGGCGUCCAGCGUCACGGACUGUCUAAUAAAGGACUACUACGAUUGCCCAAGCGAGAACAGACUCCGAAAAGGGCGGCAUAUCGACUACGCAGCGCUAGAGCGGGCAAUUCUGACCGAGAGCGAGCAAUGCACGGCCUACGGAGCGCGGACCGAGACACAUCUCCGACACGAAACUUCACGAUUCCUGAGUUUGGUCAACGCCCUUCUCAAAGAGGCAGAUCGAAUGGACCGAACAAAUAAGAAGAGCACGAGCUUCAAGCAGGCCAGAGAUAUGCUCUGCAAUAACCACGCCGGCUAUACUUUCAGAUCGCUGGAUCCCGAGGCUGCGCGAAACAUGACACAGAAGCUUAACGAGAGUCUUCGCAAAAUCCUUGCCACUCCCAUGUCGCCAAAAGAGAAGAUUGGUCGUCUUUGUUACAACCUGAUGGCUUCGUCACAUGUACCGGACAUACACACAUACAACACCUUGAUUGCCGGAUUCGACCAGUAUGGACUUUCUGCCUUGUCGGACCACGUCAUAUACUCCUUUUUCUACGGACGCUACAUUCGACCUACGGAGUCGACCUUUGUCGCCAUUCUCAACCACAACAAGCUCAUGAAUAGGCCAGGGCAGUUCUUGCUCAACGUGGCGCGCAUAACAGGCUUGGACGAUAAGACUGGCGCCAAAAUGCGACGAAGACACCAAGACUCAUUGCAACGCAAUGCCGAAAAAGUCUGGGCAAUGACAAAUCGAGCGUCGAAAACAAGAACUGGCGAAUAUAUCAUGGAAAACAUGCCGCUCAACACGGAAUUAGUCGAAGAAAUGAUGAGGGGCCUGCUGCACUUUAAGUUGUUCGAGCAAGCAGCUGUUCUCUUCGUCGGCUGUCUGAAGUCUGGCGUUGCUCUGGGAACCAAGAUAAUUCGGCAGCUGCUGGACGAAUGCAUUUCUGCGUUGGAUUGGUCAGCUAGUGUGCAAUUGCUGCGCGGCAUGAGCGAAUUUGGGCAACAAUGGCGAGAAUUGAUGCUUGAGAGUGGUGAUGAUGGCCUGUACUUGGUUGACCGGGUGCAUGUGCUGUUGGAUGUUUGUGGAAUCAGCACACGUGGAAUAGCGUCGUUUUCUGCUGCCAAUCGCCUGCAAAUUUCAGAAGACGGCCUCUCCAGCUUGAUGAACACUCUGGAUAGCACCGGCAUCCUCCUGGAGCCUAGCAGCUUCAUGUACAAGUACAACUCAAGCAAGAGCAGACUGUUGCAGCUGGAGAGUAUCUGGAAGGAAUACGUCAAGGUGCGAAAGGUUACAACAGCAAUUGAGAGCAAGUUGCUGAACGCCGACCACACACAAGAGUUCCGCGAAGACUGUGCUCUUCAUAUUGGCGAGUCAGCCUUGGAACGAUCGCAGAAGCUGGGCCGGGAAUUUGCCAAGUUGAUGCCAAUUCGGGAACAAUCGAUUGCGAAAUGUGAACAAGCGAGGCAGCCAACGAAGACUAUCGAGCAACCGCGGGUGUCCUACGGCCAGAGAAUUGCUGCGGCACAAGUGGUAGGAUUGGAUCGCGACUUGGCGAUGCAGUGGAGAAGGCAGCUGAUUUUGCGACCUCAACCCAUGGCACAGAAUGCUGAACUUGGCCCCGUAUAG